AUCCUUUGUUAUUCUGUACUCGAUUUGUUUCCACUAGGUGUAGCGGGUGUAGUUUUGAACUUCAGUGAUCUAUCGUUGACUUUUGCCAUCGUGAAAUACACGAGAUCUCACGUCGUGAAUCAUGGGAUCUAUCAACGGGGAAAAAAAUAAUUAUAUGUGCUCUGGCCUUAAAAUAUUGCGAAAGCAAAACUCAUUAAGAAAAAAAAAAUCAGAAGAAAGAUUAACACAAGAGAAGAGAAGAGGUUUGGGUUUUGGGAAUUGUAAACAUCCAAAAAUGGGGAAACAAGAGGUAUCAUCAUCAAUUCACGAGCAUCCUUUGUUACCCUUUACUCGAUUUGUUGUAGGUAGUUGUAAACAGUGUGGGUCACGUGAAUACAUUUACGGAGGGUAUUGUUGCAAUGAGUUGGGAUGUGAACAUGUUGUGUUUCACAAAGAGUGUGGUGAUCCCUUGCUAGAAAUCAACCACUCUUCCCAUCCCGACCAUCCUCUCAAAUUGUUCAUCUGUGAUGAUAAGGGGUUUUCAUGCAGUUUAUGCGGGGAACCUCAAUCCCGUUUUGGAUAUUCUUGUUCAAUCUGUGAUUUCAAGUUGGGUCUCGACUGUGCAAGGCGAGAAGCCCCACUUCAUAUUCUUGAGAAGCCCAGCGUACACGAGCAUCCACUUGAACUCUGCCAUUCUUCAAAGGUUGUUGCUGACUACACGUCCGCGAGAUUUUGCCAAGUGUGCCAUUGUCUAUGCACUUACAAUUGGUAUAUGUGUGUUCAGUGCAAAUUGUCCUUUCAUUUACAUUGUGCCACUUUCCGUCCAGAGGCGUACCACACUUCCCAUCCCAAACACUCACUCAAAUUCUUUGCGCCUGAAGAAGCACCUACUUAUGCUGACAAGGAAUGCAUACUUUGCAGAAAUAGAUUAUAUGGAGGAGUUCACCACUGUGAUGUUUGCAACUUCAGCAUAUGCGGAGACUGCAUGAAAAACCCACCACCACUCGGUGUUGUAAGUCUAACGACACAUGAGCAUCAACUCCAUCUUGUUCCUAGACACAUCGAAUUCACUUGCAAUGCUUGUGGGACGACUGGUGACCGAAGCCCUUAUUUCUGUCUUCAAUGCAAUUUCAUGAUUCAUCGAGAAUGUAUCGAUCUACCACGCGUCAUAAACAUCAACCGCCACGAUCACCGCGUCUCUUACACUCGUCGCCUUGGUCAUGGAGAGUGGAAAUGCAGAGUUUGCCGUAAGAAAGUGGAUGGGUUCUAUGGAGUGUAUACUUGCGCCAAAUGUCCUACUUUUGCUGGUCAUGCACGAUGUGCAACGAGGGAAGAUGUGUGGGACAUGGUAGAGCUGGAAGGGACACCGGAAGAAGAGGAAAUUGUGCCUUUCGAGGUGAUUGAUGAUAACACGAUAAGACAUUUCAGCCAUGAUCAUAACUUACGAAUCAACAAGGAUGGUGAGAUCCUACAAGAAAACAUCCUUUGUGAAGCGUGCACAUUCCAGAUUUGUUCAGAACCAUUCUUCCGUUGUCAGCAAUGCAGUUUCAUUCUCCACACAAAAUGCGCUAACCUACCUCGAAAGAAACGGCAUGUCUGCAGCAAUUUUCCUUUUAUGCUACAAACAAAUACAGACGCCAAAACUUCUCAAUGUAUACGUUGCUAUAAUCAUUUCAGCGGUUUCAGGCUCUCGACCGUAUCGGAAUCAUUGUUCUUGGCGUUGUGA